CUGAUCUAAGCUGUGCUGUAAUGUUCUAAAGAUAAGCUGAGGGCUAAGUCUAAUUUCAGCUAAGGUGAGGGGGGUGAGUCUGCUGUCAGAUGAGCUGAAUGGGGAGUAUGAUCUUGGUUCAGAAACUCUUAAAAUUGGCCCCAUUGUCAGAGUUAUUGGUUAUUAGCUGGCCUGCACUCAUAGAUUUCCAUGGGAAACUCUGCAGAAUUCCACUGAUUUUAGUGCCCAACUGCUUAUGCGUUUGUGAGUGGUAAUAAGUUUAUGUUCUUUGCUGUGAUAUAGUUUAGAUGAAAUAAAUCUAGAUAUUAAACAAAACUUAGUGCAGACUCACUUGACAAAUGCUCUUGUUAGGUUUAAUUUGAAGUUUGUAUGUGUAUAUACACAUACAUACAUAUACACAUAUAUACAUAUACAAAUACAUACAUACAUACACUCACCUAAAGGAUUAUUAGGAACACCUGUUCAAUUUCUCAUUAAUGGCAACCAAUCACAUGGCAGUUGCUUCAGUGCAUUCAGGGGUGUGGUCCUGGUCAAGACAAUCUCCUGAACUCCAAACUGAAUGUCAUGGUUGUUGGUGCCAGACGGGCCGGUCUGAGCAUUUCACAAUCUGCUCAGUUACUGGGAUUUUCACGCACAACCAUUUCUAGGGUUUACAAAGAAUGGUGUGAAAAGGGAAAAACAUCCAGUAUGUGGCAGUCCUGUGGGCAAAAAUGCCUUGUUGAUGCUAGAGGUCAGAGGAGAAUGGGCCAACUGAUUCAAGGUGUUAGAAGAGCAACAUUGACUGAAAUAACCACUCCUUAUAACCGAGGUAUGCAGCAAAGUAUUUGUUAGGCCACAACACACACAACCUUAAGGGGGAUGGGCUACAACAGCAGAAGACCCCAACGAGUACCACUCAUCUCCACUACAAAUAGGAAAAAGGCUGCAAUUUGCAUGAGCUAACCAAAAUUGGACAGUUGAAGACUGGACAAAUGUUGCUUGGUCUGAUGAGUCUCGAUUUCUGUUGAGACAUUCAGAUCAGUCAGAAUUUGGCGUAAACAGAUUGAGAACAUGGAUCCAUCAUGCCUUGUUACCACUGUGCAGGCUGGUUGUGGUGUAAUGGUGUGGGGGAUGUUUUCUUUGCACACUUUAGGCCCCUUAGUGCCAAUUGGGCAUCGAUUAAAUGCCACAGCCUACCGGAGCAUUGUUUCUGACCAUGUCCAUCCCUUUAUGACCACCAUGUACCCAUUCUCUCAUGGCUACUUCCAGCAGGAUAAUGCACCAUGUCACAAAGCUCAAAUCAUUUCAAAUUGGUUUCUUGAACAUGACAAUGAGUUCACUGUAAUAAAAUGGCCCCCACAGUCACCAGAUCUCAACCCAAUACAGCAGUGAUUCCCAACCCCCGGUCCCUGGACCGGUGCCGUUCCGUGGACUCGUUAGCCUUGAAAUAUUCCCAGAAUAUUUUUUUAUAUAAUAAUAAUAUAAAUUUUUAUAAAUGCAUUUUAAAAAAACUAUUUUUAUGUCAUGUUAUUUUAUCGAAAACAAUCAUAAACAAUAAAUAAAUAAAAAUGUGUUUCUUUGAGCGCCUUGCGUAGCAAGGUAUCUGAACGGACUGCAAAAAAAAGUGCGCUGCACCUGAAGUGACAGAGAAAUAUGUGAAGAGAUGAGUGGGCCUCAGCAAACGUCAAUGGCUAAUUUCAUUGUGGACAGUUCCGGUAAAAGGAAAGGCGAUGGCCAUCUCGAAAAUAGCGAGGGAAAAAAUAGAAGUCAAGCUUCAAAGAAGCUUCAAAAGAAAGAAACGUGAGUUGGACGCUCAGCGGCAAGUUUUGAUAUCCUCAACAUCAGUAAACGUAGCUGCAACAAAGGCGUCAUAUCUGGUUGCUCACAGAAUAGCUAAAGCUUAAAAAAAGCGCUAAUUUUGCCGGCUGCAAAAGAUAUUUGUCGUGAACUUUUGGGGGGAAAAGCAGCUAGCAAAUUGGAACAUGUUCCACUAUCUGACAAUACUGUUGCCAGGAGAAUUGAUGACAUGGCUGAAGAUAUUGAGGGGCAGCUGUUGGGCAGAUUAAAAGCAUCUCCGUGGUACGCAAUUCAAGUGAACAAAUCGACUAACGUUGAAAAUAAGGCGAUCAUGUUAGUUUAUUUGCGGUACGUGCAUCAAGAGGAGGUGCAGGAAGAUUGUCGAGGUUCACUGCCAGGGUGAAAGAAGUUGCGGCAGAAUGUGAGGUAACUCACUGUAUGAUUCACCGAGAGAUGCUGGCAAGCAAGAAGAUGUCUCCAGAGCUCCACACAGUCCUUAAUAAUGCUAUACGUGUCAUCAACCACAUUAAAUCUCAUGCACUAAAUACGCGUUUGUUUGAAUUAUUGUGUGAGGACGGAUGCUGAUCACAAGCGCCUGCUCUUACAUACAGAAGUUCGGUGGCUGUCCAAAGGAAAAGCCAUGACACGAGUGUUUGAGCUAAGAGAGGAAUUACAGAAAUUCCUCUCCGACAAGCAGUCACCUUUAGCAACGCACUUCAGUUACAAGAGCUGGCUCGCAAAACAGGCAUACUUAAGUGACAUUUUCAUGACCUUGAAUGACUUGAACCUGACAAUGCAGGGGAGGAUGGCUGACACAUUCAGGUUGGCGGAUAAAAUUGCUGGAUUUAAAGCCAAGCUGAAAACCUGGGCACGGCGCAUCAACCGGGUUGUUUUUGAUAUGUUUAGCAACUUAUCCAGUUUUUCCAAGGAUGCUGAAGGACUUGGCCUGUUGAAACAUUGCCACCUGACAUCACUGUCUGAUGAGUUUGAGCGUUAUUUCCCCUCUGAAAAAGACCCAAGGAAUGGCAAAGAAUGGAUGCGCAACCCAUUUCAAGAUUAUGACGGUCAGAACCAGCUCUCAUCAAGACAAGAGGACCAGCUGCUAGAGCUCAGAAAUGAUGGAGGUCUGAAAACUGUCUUUAUUUCAACACCAUUGACAUCCUUCUGGAUCAAAGCAUCAAAAGAAUACACUGAGAUCAGCACCCUUGCACUGAAAACCCUGCUCCCGUUCCCGACUUCAUAUCUGUGCGAGGCAGGUUUUUCUGCCAUGACUUCCACUAAGACCAGACUCAGAAACAGACUGGAUGUGAGAAAUACCCUGCAUGUCUCAUUGUCAACCAUCAAGCCCCGGUAUGAUGUUUUUGUGGCUGCCAAGCAAUCGCAGGGGUCUCACUGAUAUGGAUAUCAGACUGUAAGCUGGUUUUUGUUCAUAUUUGUGAAGCAGACCUUUUCAGAUUUCGUUUUAUUGUAUCCCUGUUUUGGAUGCAUAUGUUUUUAUUGGAUGCCCAGGAAGAACAGCUUGUCUUAUGCACAGCUACAAAUAGGCUAGUAAUUUCAAUAAGCAGUUCAUGGUCACAUUAAUAUAGUUUUGUUCUCAUUGGUCUGGUCUGGUAUUUUUUGUUAAAGGUUUAAGCUUAAUUUUAUACUUUUAAAAAUUAUUGGCUGAAAUCACUGUGUUUUUGCUAUUGUAUUCCAAAACUGUCUGACUGUUAAAACUGGCUCUUAUUUUCAUACAAUUAGCCUUUGUUGUCGCCAGUUGGUGAGUGAAUACACUGAGUGAGGGGAGUGAGUGAGUGAGGGGAGUGAGUGAGUGAGAGAGUGAGGGGAGUGAGAGAGUGAGGGGAGUGAGAGAGUGAGGGGAGUGAGAGAGUGAGUGAGUGAGUGCUGUGUAAGUUGCUUUUGAAGUAAAGUAUGGGAGAAAAGGGAAAAAUUUUGUGAACCGGUCUGAAAGUUUAAGAAUAUGGUAUGUUCAUACAAGAAGCCUUUGUUGCCACCUGUUCUUUAUGUGCAAUUAAAUGGUAGACUGUUACUGUUUACACAAUGAUAUAUUACAAAGUACGAUGCAUUUUUGAGGCAUUAAAAUUGACAACUGGUCCCUGGAAUUUUUUCAUUAAUAUAUGCUGGUCCCUGGCACAAAAAAGGUUGGGAACCCCUGCAAUAGAGCAUCUUUGGGAUGUGGUGUGGAUCUCCAUCAACUGCAAGAUGCUAUCCUAUCAAUAUGCAUUUCUAAAGAAUGCUUUCAGCACCUUGUUGAAUUAAGGUAGUUAAGGCGAAAGGGGGUCAGACACACUAAGUACGGUGUUACUAAUAAUCCUUUAGGUGAGUGUGUGUAUACAGUGAGUAUACAAAGUAUUUGAACACCCUGCUAUUUUUCAAGUUCUCCCACUUAGAAAUCAUGGAGGGGUCUAAAAUUGUCAGGUGCAUGUCCACUGUGAGAGCCAAAUCUAAAAAAAUCAGAAAUCACAAUGUAUGAUUUUUUAAACUAUUUAUUUUGAAGUUGUUAUAUGAUACAGCUGCAAAUAAGUAUUUGAACACCUGUUAGUCUGCCUUUAAAAUGUCCACAUUCACUUCAUUUAUUAUCCUAAAUUAAAUGCACCUGUUUUAGGUUGGUUAGCUGCAUAAAGGCACCUGUCCAUCCCAUACAAUCAGUAAGAAUCCAACUACUAACAUGGCCAAAAAUGCUCCACUAUUGGAGCAAUCAUUAUAAAAUGGAAGAAACUAAACAUUACUUUCAAUCUCCCUCGGACUGGGGCUCCAUGCAAGAUCUCACCUUGUGUGGUCUCAAUGAUCCUAAGAAAGGUGAGAAAGCACAUGUCCAGGCCCGUCUUAAGUUUGCAAAUGACCAUUUGGAUAAUUCCACUAAACGUGUUUGGAGGAAGAAGAAUGAUGAGUACCAUCCCAAGAACACCAUCCCUACUGUGAAGCACGGGGGUGGAAGCAUCAAGCUUUGGGGAUGCUUUUCUCCACAUGGGACAGGGUGACUGCACUGUAUUAAGGAGAGGAUGACUGGGGCCAUGUAUUGCGAGAUUUUUAGGGAACUCAGUUAGAGCAUUGAAGAUGGGUCGAGGCUGGGUCUUCCAACAUGACAAUGACCCGAAGCACACAGCCAGGAUAACCAAGGAGUGGCUCUGUAAGAAGCAUAUCAAGGUUCUGGUGUGGUCUAGCCAGUCUCCAGACCUAAACCCAAUAGAGAAUCUUUGGAGAGUGCUCAAACUCCGUGUUUCUCAGCGACAGCCCAGAAACCUGACUGAUCUAGAGCAGAUCUGUGUGGAGGAGUGGGCCAAAAUUCCUCCUGCAGUGUGUGCAAACCUGGUGAAAAACUACAGGAAUUUUUUGACCUCUGUAAUUGCAAACAAAGGCUACUGUUCCAAAUAUUAACAUUGACAUCUGUCUGUGUGCGUGCACGUCUCUGUGUUU